AUGGACACGGACACAUGUUUGUCUUUCUCUUCGCAGAGCAGCAGGCGGACUCCGGACACCUCCCCUGGUCUGGAGCACGGCUCUGGCCCAGGGACCUUCUUGCACUGCGAUGAACUGAAAGCCCCGCACCUUGGUCCGCUGCAGCAUCGUCUGAGCUUACGUGGGGACCUGUAUACGGCGGCCAUGGCGGACUUUACGCACGGAGGUGCACAGGCCACUGCGCCCGGAUCUCCAGGAAAACAUGGCAAGUUUCUGGAAAGUUUGAGUCAGGACCAAAAGGGGACAGUGAUCAGUGGGAAACCAGGAUUUUAUGACUCAAGCGCAGAUGGCAGAGAAAAGGGAACCCCCAAAACCCUGGUCUACCCUGGGAUUGGCUCUGAUUGUUGUGCAAAGAUGAAAGAGGCUGCAGGUAUGAUCCAGGGGGACUCCAUCGCAGACUCCAUUGACCUGUCGGGAAAAAACAAAAAGCGCCGAAAUCGCACCACAUUCAGCACCUUUCAGCUGGAGGAGUUGGAGAAGGUCUUUCAGAAAACACACUACCCUGAUGUGUACGCCCGCGAGCAGCUGGCCCUCCGCACAGAGCUGACAGAAGCGCGGGUGCAGGUUUGGUUUCAGAACCGCAGAGCCAAGUGGAGAAAACGGGAACGCUACGGCAAGAUUCAAGAGGUCCGCAACCACUUUGCUGCUACCUACGACUUAUCUUUACUUCCUCGUCAUGACACAUAUCAGAUGCAAGGUAAUCUCUGGCCUGGGGCGCCUUCAGCUGGAGGAGGAGGUUCAGCCGCUGGUUGUGUCCUGGGACCUGACCCUUCAUCCUGCAUGAGCCCGUACCCUCACCCUCACAGUAACCUGCAGAGCUUCAUGGGGAUGCCCACCUCACCAACUCACCCCCAUCAUCACCACCCGCCACACCAUCACCAUCCGGGCAUCAAUGGCCUCUACUCUCUCCACAGCUUCUCUGGGGGCUUGGGCUCCCCCUCCAUCGAUGGACCCGAGACCGAGUACAAGCCCACGGGCCUGGUAGCACUGCGGAUGAAAGCCAAAGAGCCGGGCAGCAUUCUCUCCUGGCCCACAUGA